UGAGUGUCUGAUCAAUUUUGACUGACUGUUAAACCUUGUAAAUUUUGCCUUGUUAGGUGCUUCAUAUUUUUUCUAAUUCUUAUAAAUCUUGAGUUUUGGUUUGAGACAGUUUAAUUAUUUGGAAAUAGUUUAAUUCUUUCAAGUCUAGCUUUGAAGAUUUGUUAUGUGGGAUAAAAGAAGUGUUUAGUCUGUUAUCUGAUUGUUCCCUACUACAUAGCCAAGACUUUUCUAACCACUGCACAUGAACCAUACAGAUUCUCAGUCUGGCUGUUAGGAACAGGCACUGCUCCCUGUCCUGUGUGCAUGCAAGGUCCUUUCCCUUUAAUUCUUUUGAGUAGUAAUUUCUUCACACACAUGCACCAGUCACUGCUAUACCUACUACCUCAGGGGUUCCUUUGCCGAUCUUCAGAGUUUCUCUCUGUGUCAGGCCCUGUUUUCUAAUUCUUUUUGGUUUCCUUGGAUUCUGAGCUCUGUCUUUAAAGCUUAGAAUACUUGCCUGGAUUUCUCCUCUCAGCAGCAAGGCCUGGAAACUUUUUUUAAAUGUUUAUUUUGAGAGAGAGAAAGAGUGAGCAAGCGAGCACGAGCAGUGGAGAGGCAGAGAGAGAGGGAGAGAGGGAAUCCCAAACAGGCUCCACACCAUCAGCGCAGAGCCCAGCAUGGGGCUCAACUUCAUGAACAGCAGGAUCUUGACCAGAGCUGAAAUCAAGACCGGAUGCUUAACCCACUGAGCCACCCAUGCACCCCGGCCUGGAAGCUUUCUUAAGACAAACCUUCUGACAACUUAAGGGAGAUUCUCCAAAAUGUGGCCAAAUUGCAAGGAGUAUCAAAUAUGAGAAAACUAGGCCAUCUGAAUAACUUUACUAAGCUUCUUUGUGAUAUUGGCCAUAGUGAAGAAAAAUUGGGUUUUAACUAUGAGGAUAUCAUAAUUUGUUUGCGGUUAGCUUUAUUGAAUGAAGCAAAAGAAGUACGGGCAGCAGGGCUGCGAGCUCUUCGAUAUCUCAUCCAAGACUCCAGUAUUCUGCAGAAGGUGCUAAAAUUGAAAGUGGACUAUUUAAUAGCAAGGUGCAUUGACAUACAGCAGAGCAACGAGGUAGAGAGGACACAAGCACUUCGAUUAGUCAGAAAGAUGAUUACUGUGAAUGCUUCCUUGUUUCCUAGCUCUGUGGCCAACUCAUUAAUAGCAGUUGGAAAUGACGGACUUCAAGAAAGAGACAGAAUGGUCCGAGCAUGCAUUGCCAUUAUCUGUGAACUAGCACUUCAGAAUCCAGAGGUGGUGGCCCUUCGAGGUGGACUAAACACCAUCUUGAAAAAUGUGAUCGAUUGCCAAUUAAGUCGAAUAAAUGAGGCCCUCAUUACUACAAUUUUGCACCUCCUUAAUCAUCCAAAGACCCGACAAUAUGUGCGAGCUGAUGUAGAAUUAGAGCGAAUUUUAGCACCCUAUACCGAUUUUCACUACAGACAUAGUCCAGAUACAGCUGAAGGACAACUCAAAGAAGACAGAGAAGCGAGGUUUCUAGCCAGUAAAAUGGGAAUCAUAGCAACAUUCCGGUCAUGGGCAGGUAUUAUUAAUUUAUGCAAACCUGGAAACUCUGGGAUCCAGUCUCUAAUUGGAGUACUUUGUAUACCAAAUAUGGAAAUAAGGCGAGGUCUGCUUGAAGUACUCUAUGAUAUAUUUCGUCUUCCUCUACCUGUUGUGACUGAAGAAUUCAUAGAAGCACUGCUUAGUGUAGAUCCAGGCAGAUUCCAAGACAGUUGGAGGCUUUCAGAUGGCUUUGUAGCAGCCGAGGCAAAAACUAUUCUUCCUCAUCGUGCCAGAUCCAGGCCAGACCUCAUGGAUAAUUACUUGGCGCUGAUACUCUCUGCAUUUAUUCGUAAUGGACUUCUAGAGGGCUUGGUUGAAGUGAUAACAAACAGUGAUGACCAUAUCUCAGUUAGAGCUACCAUCCUCUUAGGAGAGCUUCUGCAUAUGGCAAAUACAAUUCUUCCUCAUUCACAUAGCCAUCAUUUGCACUGCCUGCCAACCCUAAUGAAUAUGGCCGCAUCUUUUGAUAUCCCCAAGGAAAAGAGACUGCGAGCCAGUGCAGCCUUGAACUGUUUAAAACGCUUCCAUGAAAUGAAGAAACGAGGACCUAAGCCUUACAGCCUCCAUUUAGAUCACAUUAUUCAGAAAGCAAUUGCAACACACCAGAAACGGGAUCAGUAUCUCCGAGUCCAGAAAGAUAUAUUUGUUCUUAAGGAUACAGAAGAAGCUCUUUUAAUGAACCUUAGAGAUAGCCAAGUCCUUCAACAUAAAGAGAAUCUUGAAUGGAAUUGGAAUCUUAUAGGGACCAUUCUUAAGUGGCCAAAUGUAAAUCUAAGAAACUAUAAAGAUGAACAGUUGCACAGGUUUGUGCGAAGACUACUUUACUUCUACAAGCCCAGCAGUAAAUUAUAUGCCAACCUGGAUCUGGAUUUUGCCAAGUCUAAGCAGCUCACAGUUGUGGGUUGUCAGUUUACAGAAUUUCUUCUUGAGUCCGAAGAGGAUGGGCAAGGAUACUUAGAAGAUCUAGUAAAGGAUAUUGUUCAGUGGCUCAAUGCCUCGUCUGGAAUGAAACCUGAACGAAGUCUUCAGAAUAAUGGUUUAUUGACUACCCUUAGUCAACACUACUUUUUAUUUAUUGGAACACUUUCUUGCCACCCUCAUGGAGUCAAAAUGCUGGAAAAAUGCAGCGUAUUUCAGUGUCUCCUUAACCUCUGUUCCUUGAAAAAUCAAGAUCACUUGCUGAAACUGACUGUUUCUAGCUUGGAUUAUAGCAGAGAUGGAUUGGCGAGAGUCAUCCUUUCCAAAAUCCUUACUGCAGCUACUGAUGCCUGUAGGCUGUAUGCAACAAAACAUUUAAGAGUAUUAUUGAGAGCUAAUGUUGAAUUCUUCAAUAACUGGGGAAUUGAAUUACUAGUGACCCAGCUACACGAUAAAAACAAAACAAUUUCUUCUGAAGCUCUUGAUAUUCUGGAUGAAGCAUGUGAAGACAAGGCCAAUCUUCACGCUCUUAUUCAGAUGAAGCCAGCUUUAUCUCACCUUGGGGACAAGGGUUUGCUUCUCCUCCUGAGAUUUCUUUCCAUUCCAAAAGGAUUUUCCUAUCUGAAUGAAAGGGGUUAUGUAGCAAAACAGUUGGAAAAAUGGCACAAGGAAUAUAAUUCAAAAUAUGUUGACUUGAUUGAAGAACAACUUAAUGAAGCACUUACUACUUACCGAAAGCCAGUUGAUGGUGAUAACUAUGUUCGUCGAAGUAACCAAAGAUUACAGCGUCCUCAUGUCUACCUGCCUGUACACCUGUAUGGACAACUGGUACACCACAAAACAGGCUGUCAUUUGUUGGAAGUACAGAAUAUUAUUACUGAACUCUGUCAUAAUGUUCGUACGCCAGAUUUGGAUAAGUGGGAAGAAAUUAAAAAACUGAAAGCAUCUCUUUGGGCCUUGGGAAAUAUUGGCUCGUCAAAUUGGGGUCUCAAUUUGCUACAGGAAGAAAAUGUGAUUCCAGAUAUACUAAAACUUGCAAAGCAGUGUGAGGUUCUUUCAGUCAGAGGGACCUGUGUAUAUGUGCUUGGCCUCAUAGCCAAAACCAAACAAGGCUGUGAUAUUCUGAAAUGUCACAACUGGGAUUCUGUAAGGCACAGUCGCAAACAUCUGUGGCCAGUGGUUCCAGAUGAUGUAGAACAACUCUGUAAUGAACUCUCAUCUAUCCCGAGCACUCUGAGUUUGAACUCUGAGUCAACCAGCUCUAGACAUAAUAGUGAAAGCGAAUCUGCACCAUCAAGUAUGUUCAUAAUGGAGGACGACCGGUUUGGCAGCAGCUCUACUAGUACAUUUUUUCUUGACAUCAGUGAAGACACAGAGCCAGCAUUUUAUGAUCGGCCUGGACCUAUAAAGGAUAAAAAUUCCUUCCCUUUCUUUGCUUCUAGUAAACUUGUGAAGAAUCGUAUCUUAAAUUCGCUUACUUUGCCUAAUAAAAAACAUCGUAGUAGCAGUGAUCCAAAAGGAGGGAAACUGUCAUCUGAAAAUAAGACAAACAACAGGCGGAUCAGAACACUUACGGAGCCCAGUGUCGACUUUAACCAUAGUGAUGAUUUCACACCCAUGUCCACAGUACAGAAAACAUUGCAAUUAGAAACUUCAUUCGUUGGGAAUAAGCACAUUGAAGACGCUGGUAGUACUCCAAGCAUUGGAGAGAAUGACUUAAAGUUCACCAAGAGUCUUGGUACAGAGAAUCACAGAGAAAACACAAGCCGAGAGAGAUUAGUUGUAGAAAGUUCAACAAGCUCACAUAUGAAGAUACGUAGCCAAAGCUUUAAUACAGACACUACAACAAGUGGAAUAAGUUCAAUGAGCUCCAGUCCUUCACGAGAGACCGUAGGUGUGGAUGCUACGACUGUGGACACAGACUGUGGAAGUAUGAGUACUGUGGUAAGUACUAAAACUGUUAAGACAAGCCACUAUCUGACGCCACAGUCUAACCAUCUAUCUCUCUCCAAAUCAAACUCAGUGUCCCUGGUGCCUCCAGGUUCUUCUCAUACGCUUCCUAGAAGAGCACAGUCCCUUAAAGCACCCUCUAUUGCUACAAUUAAAAGUCUAGCAGAUUGUAACUUUAGUUACACAAGUUCUAGAGACGCCUUUGGCUACGCUACACUGAAAAGAUUACAGCAGCAAAGAAUGCAUCCAUCCUUAUCUCACUCUGAAGCUUUGGCAUCUCCAGCAAAAGAUGUGCUAUUUACUGAUACCAUCACCAUGAAGGCCAACAGCUUUGAAUCCAGGUUAACACCAAGCAGGAUCGAUUUUAAAAAGAAGCAUGUCGGGGGAAUCAGGAGCUUAAGACCUACAAUAACAAACAACCUUUUCAGGUUCAUGAAAGCUUUAAGUUAUGCGUCAUUAGAUAAAGAAGACUUACUGAGUCCUAUUAAUCAAAAUACCCUGCAGCGAUCCUCGUCAGUGAGAUCCAUGGUGUCCAGUGCAACAUACGGUAGUUCAGAUGACUAUAUUGGUCUUGCUCUUCCAGUAGACAUCAAUGACAUAUUCCAGGUAAAGGAUAUUCCCUAUUUUCAGACAAAAAACAUACCUCCACAUGAUGAUCGAGGUGCCAGGGUGUUUGCCCAUGAUGCAGGAGGUCUUCCAUCUGGAACUGGAGGUCUUGUAAAAAACUCUUUUCACUUGCUACGACAACAGAUGAGUCUUACAGAAAUAAUGAAUUCGAUCCAUUCAGAUGCUUCUCUGUUUUUAGAAAGUACAGAAGACACUGGAUUACAGGAACAUACAGAUGAUAACUGCCUUUAUUGUGUCUGUAUCGAAAUUCUGGGUUUCCAGCCCAGUAACCAACUAAGUGCAAUAUGUAGUCAUUCAGACCUUCAAGACAUUCCAUAUUCUGAUUGGUGUGAGCAGACUAUCCAUAAUCCCUUAGAAGUGGUUCCUUCUAAGUUUUCAGGGAUUUCUGGAUGCAGUGAUGGAGUGUCUCAAGAAGGCUCAGCCAGCAGCACCAAAAGCACAGAAUUGUUGUUAGGUGUUAAAACAAUUCCAGAUGAUACACCAAUGUGCCGCAUACUCCUUCGUAAAGAAGUUCUGAGAUUAGUCAUUAAUUUGAGUAGUUCAGUUUCAACUAAAUGUCAUGAAACUGGGCUUUUAACAAUUAAGGAGAAGUAUCCUCAAACAUUUGAUGACAUCUGCCUUUAUUCUGAGGUUUCUCAUUUGCUCUCACACUGCACAUUUAGACUUCCGUGUCGGAGGUUCAUACAAGAAUUAUUUCAAGAUGUACAGUUCUUACAAAUGCAUGAAGAAGCAGAGGCUGUGCUGGCAGCACCACCAAAGCCACCUGCAGUGGACACAGCUGCUGAGUCCUGACCUCGGUGCUUAUCGCGUGCAUAGAUGGACGCCAUAUAUACUCAGACUUGCAGAGUUCCUAACAAAAAGCCUCAGAAAAUGCUGACCGGGCGGCAAAGACAGGAGUAGCUUCUGUUCCAGCGAUCACUGGUACACGCACAGUUGGAACUGCGGACUUCCCCAACCGGAACAACUUCCUCUUGUCCCUGUUGAGCCCUCUGGGGGUUCGCUGUUCAUUACCACACUUUUAAGAAUUUUAGUUACCAUUAUAUGCAAGAGCCAAGCACUGAAUACCUACGUAGGUUUUCUACUUUUUCCUUUUAAGAGCGUAACCACAGUGGAACAAUAAUAGGAUAUGCAGAAGCACCCUUCACACAGUUAUUUCUGAAUUCUUUUUUUAGGGUAAAUCUAAAGAUGCCUUGUUUGUUAACUAAUUCGUGGAAACCAGGAAUCGGUGUCUCUGAGGCUGCACCCCAUUACCACAGUGGGGUGUGCGAGAACUGCUGGUAUUAGAGCGGGAACUUUGGCCCUUCCGCAUCUUUCCUAAUGUUUGUAACACUACUUCAGAGGUUUGCAACCUCAAAGCAAAAGAAGAGCCUCAACAACCCAGAACUUGUAUAAGUUAUUUUGAUGUUACUAGACUUGCAUCACAGUUUGUUUGUUUUCUGUCUCUUCACUUUUGUUGCAGUGUGUUGUUAUAGGCUAUCCGAACCAAUUAAGGUUUUUCACUACAGUUCUUGAUUCGUAUCGGAACAUCAUUUUAUAAUUCAGUAUUUCCCAUUUGUAGAAUGCACAUGUUUUCAGUGGACUUGUCAUUUUCAUCAACUUCCCAUAUCACCAUUUGAAACAGGAACCAGAGCGAGCACUAUUAAAUGAGACCUAAAGCAAAAGAAAGCAGUAAGUUGACACUUGGGAUUUCCUGAGGAAGAGAUAAGUUUGCCUCUGAUUUACACAUUCCGUGGGAAAAGAAGAGCCAUAGUUCCUUAAAAAAAAAAAUCAUUAAUGCAAACUUUAAUUAUGAUUAAAAAUUGUAGUGAAAAGCCUUAAGUACCAAAUUUUAAAGCAGCAGUAAUUUAAUUUUUAUAUCAGUGUUCUUGUUUUGCACAAACUAAAUGCGGUGAUAGGUGAGUUUAUCAACACAACAAUUGCCUUUAUCACAUUUGUGAAGCUGUUAAGUUGAUGAGGGCAAGGUUUUGUUUAUUUGUGUGUUUAAUUUGUAUAUGUUUAAAGAUAUUUGGAAAUCUUUACAGGAAUUAAACAUAUAUGCAAAUUUGUAUAUAAAAAUAGCAUGGCCAUCACCAUUAGAAUGCUUGUAAAUGAAAGGAUUAUCUUUUUUGAGGUCUAUAUAUAAUAGAAAAAAAAAAUCCAGCUGGACUGAUUAGGACCCUUUUUUAAUUCAUUUGUUUAUACCAUUUUUACAGUUACACAUCAGCUUUGCCACACAGUACCUUGAUGAAUAUUUUCCCAUAUUACAGAUUGUUUUUAUAACGGGCUUGUUCUUUGAGAUCUCUGUAAAGAACCCUGUGAACUAGGAAACGUAACUCACAGAGAUACUGUGUUUUUUGUUUCGUUUUGUUUUGUUUGUUUUUUUAAUUUACUGGCACUGAAAGUUCCAUCCGGGAUGAAGCACUUCAUCUCACUUCAUAACGCCUCUUGACCGCGCUUCGUCCGGUGCGUUCUCGAGUGCACCGUGCAGCAGCGUCACCGUCACAGCAGAGAAGGGCUGCAGGCUGCUGCUCGUGUUCAGAAGUGGUUCUUCGGAUUUGCUCUCGUAAAACCAAGUGACAAUAAAAUAUUGUUUUUCACUUUAAUUUAUCACUGAACCCAAGUGUUUAUUUAAAUGUUAACAGUACUUUUAAGAACGUUGGUUGCCUGUCACCUUGGUCUUUGGUCUUGGACGAUUGAACUGCCUUCCAGAAACCAAAUGUCAGAGAUAUUAGACCAAAUAGUGGUUAAAAACUCCAAAGGAGGUAAUUUAGUAAUCUUAUUCAUUCAUGAUGGGGUUGACAUAUUUUAGACAUUCAUUUUAAACACUACCUCAGUUAAUAUAGAGUAUAAAAUCUGUGGUUUAAUCCCUCAAAAGUUAAUAGUAAUUCUUUCUUAACAUACACACACACACACACACACACACACACACACACACAUACACACACACACACCUGUCCCCAUCCUGGACCUCAUUUCACUCAUCCAUCCUGGAAUGAAGUCUUUGUUACUAUUAGCCUAACAGUUUUUUGUUGUUGUUGUUGUUGUUUGACUUUUACUUUGAAAGACAUGUAUGUAUGCAUUAUAGUAAUUGCCUAUAGCACUUAGUUUGGGGAGACAGAGUUUUGUGGUUAUCAGUAAUCUAAGGAAAAAAAAAAAGUCUGUACUUAAAUGUAUAGUGCUAUUUGGUUUAUCCAUGUUUCACUGAUGGGUCUAAUAUGUUUUCAAGUACUCAUUUGUAUAAAAGACUUUUAUGAUGCAAAAUGCUCACAUGCAGUGCCAAGUGAUUAACUUAGUAUUUAAAAAUUUUAAAUUAUAGCAGAAAAGAUUAGGAAUGGUGUCAGUGGUAAUAGAAAUAAUUGAGAAAAUCAUCUAUAAAUAAUAGGUAACUACCAGACUAUAAAGUACCAAAAUAAUGUCAAUACUGUAGUUUUUUUGAGAUUUUAGAAUUAAUCUUAGUCCAUAUAAAUUUGUACUAUUGGUAAUUAUUGAAUAAUUGGGAGGAAUUUGGGCAGUUGUGCUUGUUGUAAGCUGUGAAUAUCUAAUUAUAAAGUGAAUUGUUAUUUCUAAUUGAAAUUUUUUUUCAAGAACAGAUUUCAGCUUCACAUACUAAAUACUGAUAAAUAAGGAAAUUAGAAAUUAGUAUUGAUAAUUAAAUAUGGUCUAAGAUUUCUUAUACUUUUAUUUCCUAUUUAUGCCUAGGUAGAUUUGAAGGGGGGAAAUGUCUCCCUAAUAAAAAAAUUUUCUAAUAAAGAUUAGUAGCAUAAGUACAUUCUGUAAGACAGUGACAUUAAAGUAGAGGCUCUCUGGAGGUAUCGAUAUACAUCAUUAUGCCAGUUACUCUAACAUCAUGUGUACAAGUUCUUUUGAUAUAGUAGCUUUAAUAGUCUUCAGCUCUUUUAUCCAGGGCUUGAGGUAAUUAAAGCUGAGUUCUUCAGGGCACAUCACGGUGGUAAAGUUCGACAGUGAGGCGUCAGUGCUUAUUCUGAUUUGUCUACUGCUCUUUAUAUAAGUUGUUUUUUCAUUCCAUUCAGAAGAUGCCUUUUAUCCCCACAUUAAAGCACAGAUCAUUGAGCAAUAAAAAACCCAUCAAAUUGUCCAGAUUACAACCACAGUCCUUUCUGCAUGGUAAGAGUGAGGUGCUAAUUUUGUGUGAGAUUAGCUUUGUAAACCACGUUGGGAAAAGUCCUUUGGAAGGAAGGUUUUCCCCCUUUUGUUUUAUGCUUCCAGUGUUGUCUCAGAUCAACAGUCCAAUACACAUGGGAAAAAAGAGAAGGUAGAACUAACUAAGAGAGUUUUAGGAGAAGAACUGAUGGGAUGAAAGAACAUUUCAGGUUUUCCAAAAUGUAAGUUGGGGAAGGUCUCCCUUGUCUCCCCGUUCAGGAAAUCCAUUAUUACCAGCUUCAUUUCCAGAGUAUCACUACAGUGAGAGUUUCCUUAUAAAAGCGUACUAGCGAAAUGGAUAGCAGUGUCUAUCAGACAACGUUGAGAUCUGUGAGAAUCUUUCUAGGAACAUUCUUUCUUUCUUUUAGUUCCAGGUUUCCAGAGUAGAUUUCAUUCAUAGUAGGUUUAUAUGACUCACACAGAAUGUGGAUUCCCCACCCCCCUUUGGAGUAUUUUUGUAAUGUAGGUGGAUAGCUAUGCCACAACACGCAUUAAUUGCACAUCUUAUUUGAUUCUUUUUAUAAAAUAUUUAAUUUGAAGAAUAUAAUUUAUGCCAAAAAGUAUACCUUAUAAUUUUGUCACUAAGUUGGUUGAUUUAGCACAAAUAUACAAAGCAUUGGGGCAGAGGCGGGGAGAUAAAAAUUUUUCGUAGAGAGUAGUUGAAAAAUGUUCCAUUACUGGCCUGGCAGAAACCCUGAAGCUGCGUUGUAAAACAAAUGGUGUAGAUUAGUUUUGAAAAGUGGUAAGUGGUAAGGGAUUGUGAAUAAAAUCUCGGACUUAGUGCUCCCUAACCACACGAUAUUCUUUUUUUAUUUAGUAAUAAGCUGCUACAUAUUUGGAGGUUCUGGUGUUUGUAGGUCACUGAACAGACAUUGAAAUCUGAUUUAUAUUGUACAACUGUAACAUAGAAAGAAAAAGUAUUUAUAUAUUUUCCGUAAGAAUAUUUCAUUGAGUUGUGUAUAAUUUAAAGAAGGUUUGUCCCCAAAUGGUUUUGCUCACCUUGAUUGUGUGUGUGUGUGUGUGUGUGUGUGUGUGUGCGCGCGCGCGUGUGUGUGGUUUUCUUGUUUUUGUAUAAUGUGUACAGUUUAUGUCAAGGGCAUUAAAAGCCUCCUGAAGCAUAAUCUUAUCAAAGGGAUACAUUGUUAAUAAAAUGUACUUAAAAUUCUUAAAA